GUGAAUUACGUUGGUAAAAAGGCCUAUUUUCCCUCUGUGAGAACUAAAAUGACCUCUGUGCACAACAGGAUUUAAAUCUCUGGGAUUGUCAUGUAUUCUUGUGUAGUAUGCACAUGGUUUUUGCCUUUUUCAUAUCGUCGCUCAAUUGAUUAAUGUUGCAGGGUUUGAGGCAACAAGACUGAGAGAGGUCUACUAAUAAUCUGACUCUCAAGGGGUAGCCAAGAGCACGAGAGGUGCCAAGGAAAGAGAGGCAUUGCAAGACAGAGGACAAGAGUUUGUACAGGGAGGGAGAUUAAAGAAAAAGAGGGAUGGAAGAAGAGAGGAGAGCCUGGUCAGGUAGAAAAGCGAGGGGAGGAGGAAAAGAGGGGGCACAGCUAGCGCAGCAUAAAUUAGCCUGAGCUGCUUGGUUACCUUCCAAACAAAGCUGCUGAUUUGCGGAGCAAAGGAAGAGGAGGGAAAAGUGAGCGAGACAGACACGAAAAGAGGAGGGGGAGGAUAGAAAGAGAUGAGGGGAGUGAUUGCGCCAUGCCACACACACUUGAAGCUCAGUCUCCCUUGGAGACACUGGCAGAGCUGGAUCACGGCAUGAUAGAGCAACUGUAGGGUCUCCACUUCGCUACACUUCCACUAAGCUAUCGCCACUGAGCUGUGGCACUAUACAGACGUGCUGGGCUAGAGAGGAACAGAGAGUCAGGACUUGGAGUGCUGGAAGGAGACUGAAGAGUUGACAGAGACCUAGGAAGAGGAGGAGGAGGAGGAGGAGGAGGAGGCAGUCAAGAGUGUGAAGAAGAAGCGGAGGAGUCGGGAGUCUGAGGAUGCACGGAGCGAGCUGAAGGAGCUGCUGAGCUUGCAGCAGCAGCCAAGCAACACUUCUAAACUCACAUACACACUACUUCCAGGGGAGGACAGUGUGUGGUGCCCCCAGUGGAGGAUGAAGAAGCACUCAGCCCGAGUGGCUCCUCUCAGCUCAUACAGCACUCAGGUCCUGACCUGCCCUAACUCUGAAGGAGAGGAUGGCUCGGAGUCUCACGCAGAGACACCAGGAAGUGAAACCAGUAUGGAGAGCCAGUCCUUCCAUAUGUGCACCAACACGGCUCUGAAGGUGCUGGGUGGUUUGCUGAUGGUGCUGUGUGUUUCCUCCUCCUGGGUGGGUACCACUCAGGUGGUGAAGCUGACCUUCCAGUCAUUCUCCUGUCCCUUCUUCAUCUCCUGGUUCAGCAGCAACUGGAACAUCCUCAUCUUCCCCAUCUACUACUCGGGACAUGUAGUCACCACACGGGAGAAGCAGACCCCCAUCCAGAAAUUCAGGGAGUGCAGCAAGCUCUUUGGGGAGGAUGGAAUGACUCUUAAGCUUUUUGUAAAGAGGACAGCACCCUUCUCAAUCCUGUGGACACUGACCAACUACCUGUACCUCUUAGCCUUGAAGAAACUGACCGCCACUGAUGUCUCUGCCCUCUACUGUUGCCACAAAGCUUUUGUUUUUCUCCUCUCAUGGAUUGUCCUCAAGGACCGGUUCAUGGGUGUUCGGAUUGUGGCUGCCAUAAUGGCCAUCACAGGUAUUGUCAUGAUGGCUUAUGCUGACGGUUUCCAUGGUGAUUCCUUUGUGGGUGUGGCAUUGGCUGUGGGCUCAGCCUCAACUUCAGCUCUUUAUAAGGUGCUGUUCAAGAUGUUCCUAGGCAGCGCCAACCUUGGAGAAGUGGCUCAUUUUCUUUCCACCAUGGGCUUUUUCAACCUCAUCUUCAUCUCCUGUGUGCCCCUCAUCCUGUAUUUCACAAGGGUAGAGCACUGGGGCUCACUCUCCUCACUGCCGUGGGGAUACAUGUGUGGACUGGCAGGACUGUGGCUGGUGUUCAACAUCCUGGUCCAUGUUGGUGUGGUACUGACUUACCCCAUUCUGAUCUCUAUAGGGACACUGCUCAGUGUGCCGGGAAAUGCAGCUGUAGAUCUUUUGAAACAUGAGGUGAUCUUCAGUGUGGUGCGACUGGCUGCCACUUGCAUCAUCUGCCUGGGUUUCCUGCUCAUGCUGCUGCCAGAGGAAUGGGAUUCAGUCACUCUGCGUUUCUUGGCCACCAUUGCAGACAAAAAGUCAGAGGACCACGGCGAGGAGCUCACAGACUCCAGCACCCACACUCGAAGCCGCAGUCGCGCAAACGGCACCGUCUCCAUUCCCUUGGCAUGACGUGCUCUGAUAGUGACCUCCGUUAACCAGUCUGGAAACCCCAAAUUUCUCCAGAGCCCACACUGGAGGUGUUGUGGGACGCUCAGUCCAUGUGGACUCAUCUAUCAGGAAGUGAGGCAGUAACGUCUUGAACUUCAGACUUCACUCUGGAGACGUACUGUUUCUAUCACUUCACAACAACAGGGGAAACUGAAAACAUUUAUGGAUCAUGCAACUUGAGCUGAAAGUGUUAUUUACUUUCUUGAAAUACUUCCCGCGCUCCAUCCCUCGCACGCACCCAAACCAAGAGCUGACUGGCUCCCCCUUGAGAUGCUCUGCAGACUGUAUUCUGUGAAUAUAACUAUCAGCAGGGCCAGUUUGGCUCAGUCUUACACAUAUUUAUGAUAUUUAUUUAGAUCUGUAUCAACAAGAGUAAUAAUUUUAAAUCUUACUGAAUAGCGUUAUAUAGAAGAAUGACAGUUAUACUAUGCUUAAUGUACAGGAUCUUUUGAUUUUGUAAUAAAAGGCUUAAAACCCACAAAAAGCUGCAUAUUCCUCAUCUAACUGAGGAUCACAUGUAUGUAUUUCUAAUAUUUUGUAAAAACUUCUAGCUUUAGAACUUUAUUGCCUGAAUUACCGAAAAACAUUCAUAUACAUUUAUAUACAGAUAAUGGUGCUGGAAAAGCUUCACAUCCCAAAGAGCAAAGCAACAGCUCCACUGUUUCUAAGCAAAGCUCUGACAUGAGGACACAUUUUUGGUAUUAAUAUUAGACUAAUAUUUUAGAACUGACAAACUGACUGUAUAUUUAAGUAUUUGAGACAAAUAAAUGUAAAAACAUUAAAGGACUCAGCACCCUGAAUCACAUUAUCAGUAGAAUAAUAUUAAAACAUUUUUUAUUUAACCGAAUCUCCUCUGCCAUUACAAAUUAUUUACUGAAUAUAUAAUAUUAGUCAAGCUAGUCUAUAAAGAUGGAAACAAGCCUAUGAGAAUGAACUAAAGCAGACUGUUGUCCCUUUGACCAUUAACUGCUCAUGGACAAGUAUUUUUAGCAAAAUUAAGUGGUGUGAUUCAUUCAGUAUUAGUAUUCUGUGUGUUGCUCUGAUUCAGCAGUGAUGAUUCUUCUCUUUGAGAAUUACGAUGCUUUUCAGUGCUGUUCUUCGCUUUCUCACACACAAAUACACAAUACACAGAAAACUGACAGUCAACUGUAAUUUUUCCUUUUUCACAGAUACACACAAUUAAUGGUGAAAAUGUCUAACAAUGGUCAAAGCUCAGGGGACAUGGUUUCCCACACAGCAUAUGCUAUGAUCUUGUCACUGUGAUUUUUUUUUAAUAUCUCAUAACAUGGUGAGAAACAUUUUUUUUUUCCAAACAGUGCUACUGAGAUCAUCAGUAGCACUGUCUGGAAAACAGACAAUCCCAAGAGUCACACUACAGUGCUGUUAUGUUGGAGCACAGUCAGUGAGUCGAAACCUCUAAUGAAGCAUUUGCUGAGAUGACGGUUUCAGCUAAACAACUGUGGUGGCAUUUUAACAUAUUAAAAUAAAUGAUGUCGAAGAAGCAAAAGGAAAAAAGGCAAUGUUCAAAUCGUACUUUCAUAAUGGUCACUGGUAUCCAGCUAGAAACUGAUAAAACACAUUAAUCAGAGGGAUCUUUUAUAAUCUCUAGCUGCAGAAAGAGUAUUUUGUAAAAUACAUACAGUCAUGUUUAAAAAAGUACGACUAUAUGCUGUCCUGUGAAAACACCUGUAAUGCUUCUAUAGAAAAUAAGAGGGUAAGUAGCAGUCAGGUGCUGCUAUUCACAUGCACUUGGUUGUUUGAUCAUCAGCAAGUGUGAGCACCUCUAUCAAAGCAGAAGUUUUGGCAGUUUUGCUGGUAUGGAGCAUUCAGGUGUGCAUCAAUACAAUUCGACAAUCAUCCGAGGAUACAAGAGCUACAUCUAAGAGUUUACAGGCCUCGAUUAGCAUGUUAAAUAUUAAGGUUCAUUGCAGUAUAAUUAGAGAAACAAUGAACGAGUAUGGCUUGUUUAGAAGGUUUGCCAGGAGAAAUCCUGGUCGCAUGGCUUAGGUUACAUCUGAACAAACCACAAGACUUCUGGAACAACUGGACAAUUUGGACAGACUAGACCGAAGUGGAGGAGUUCGGUGAUAAUGGACAGCGCCACAUUUGGCAAAAAAGAAACGCAGCAUAUCAGCUCAAACACCUCAUACCAGCUGUCAAGCACGGUGGUAGAGGGGUGAUGAUUUGGGCUCGUUUAGCAGCCACUGGACACGGGCACCUGCUGUCAUUGAUUGCUAAGAUAUUUUAGCAAUACCUUUUAUUUAAACAUCUAUCCAUCUCAAGGUGGCGCUAUAAUCAUGAAAUUGGGUACCACAAGUGGCUUUGCAAAAUCACACUGGGUAGUUGUUUGACACAAUAUUUCGGUCAGGUGAAAGCAGUAUACCAACACACUGUUAGACUGGGACUGCCAUCCCUAGAUCCAUGCUGCUAGCAUGAUAACAAAAACAAUACCAAUCUUUAAAAAAAUACCAAAUAUUACCAAGCACAGAAAAAAAUGCACAACAACUCCUGUAUGCAGUGUAAUAAGAACCACGACUGUAACAGUUUUUUCCUACCCCGGUGCUUUUAUGAGCUCUACUGGAGUCAUAUUUUUCAGUCAGAAAACAAUUUCCCAACAAACCUGGCUCCCUCUCUGCUCCCCUCUGGGCUUUCAGAUAGCAAAGAGGGUGCAGGAAAAUAACAGACUCUUUCAAGCAUUAACUUAUGAGUUACAAAGUAACCUGUAGGGAGAGUUGCCAUAGAAACCUAGCUCAUUAUAAUGUGAAAGUCAGGUUGGGAUGGAGUGUACACCUACUCUUUUAACCACUUCUUCCAAAAGUGUUAUUGCAUUUUUACUUGGGCGCCACACAACAACGCUCCAGGACAAAUCAUAAGUUUGAAAGGCGCUGAAGAUGUGAAGACCACUGGGUUUGCUUGGAAGCAGCUGAAGCAAAUGAUGCAAAUUGAAAAGACUCCUUUAAAAGUGAAGUUACUGACAUUUUUAUAGGACAGGGCAAAAAGGAACAGAAAUAUUAAUACAAGUGGAUCUACGCUCACAGAGCCAUCAUGUGACUGAGGUCAUUAGUAACACCCAACUUUAAGACAGAUAUUGUAACUAUUAAACUUUACAUAUAUAGCUUGGACCGAGAAGUAUUUUGCAAGUGUCAGCUUCUUGGACAGACAGCAGGACAAUGGGCUCUACACACUCCAGACCAGGAUUGCAUAAAGUGGGCCCAUGUAAUAUUUUGCAAGAAAAGACUCAGAAGCCAAAACCACAAUGGACAGUCCCUGUUCUGCCACACGCUGUGGAGCUGCCACCAGGAUCUGUGGGAGAGAAAAGAACAACCUUUCCUCCACUGAAGCAGGAAAUAACUCUUUCUUUGCUUUCAGGACAGGGACCUCACAGAUGGGGAUGUCCACCGGUUUUUUACAACCGGCCAAGAAAGCACGAGCAAAGUAAUUCAGGGCAGGUUUCUGGAGGUUCAGAGAGCUGCCUCUCAAGCUCACCUCUAAAUCGUCAGGCAGCAGAGAAGACAUAAGCUACAGUCUACACAUUUAACGGUAGGCUUGGAAAUUGUUGAUCUAAUACAUACUCUGUUUGAAUGUGGUGUAUUCCAACCUAACUUGCCUUCUUUUAUUUGUCCUUUUCGAUGGAGAUCCAAAUGCAGAAGGCAUCCAGAAGCUGAAACUCGUGAGAAGACCCACUAAGAGGGACAUCUUUUGGAAUGAGACCACAAGAAAUGGGAACCCCGGCUGCCUUCUGGAGCCAAUAUCUCUCCCUUCCUUUGGUUGUGAAGUGUAACUUGUCCAGAAAAACAGCUACAACGCAAGUUAGACCAUACAGUCAAAGAAGACAGAGUUCAUGAUGUAGCACAGACUAAAGGAAAGAACCACACAACAAACUGGACAUGGCAGAUGUUUUUGAAAACAGCAAAACAAAAUAGAAAACUGUGGACAACUGAAGAGAAACUGGUGCAGAGAGCUGAAGUGCACAGAGGUCACAGGAUGAAACGGUCAGAUAGGCAGGAUAAGAAGAAGAAGCAGGAUCUUUAAGCUAUCAUACCAAAUUUCAGUUUUCAGAAAUGAUAACAAAGUUGCCAUGUGUGUUCUGGAACCAACUUUUAACAAUAUGAUGAAAGUUUUGAUGUUUGGAAGCUACUGCAUGUUCUGGCUUUCAUGACUGAGUUUAUGGCGCCCUCUAUUGGUGAAAGAAAUGCGAUGAUGUGAGAAAAACUGCUGUUUAUGCUGGGACAUUGACGCUCAUUUAGCCUCCCUGCAAUACUGACAACAAACAUCCAAAAAUGAACUAUUUAGCUCAAAGAGAUUCAAAUCAACUUGCUUUGAGGCUUCUGGUCCAUUAUUAGACAUUUGGGAUAAAAAUUAGCGCAACCCCCCCAAAACUUUCAGUCUGCAAAUAUAUUCUGUUAUUUAAAAGCAACUGCACACUCAGACUGAAAACAGGAAACUGGUAAUUCUACCAUUAUUUAUGAAGUGGCUUCUCUGAGGCCAACUCUAAGCAGACUUAGACUGGCUGAGAGGAACUGGACUCCUACCAAACACCUGGAGCAACAGAAGCUUUCAAUUGCUUGGUCCUCAAGCACAGCAUGUUAAAUGAACACUACAAAGCAGGAGGAAUUGAAUCAGCAGUGAUAAUCUUGCAGUGGUGGAGUAGAACUAUUUAAACAGAAGAAAUGUACUUUAUUAAAUGUAUUAAAGACAUAAAUACAUGCUAAUGUGACUUUUAUUGUAAUCUGCCACUGGGUGUCAUUAUUGGGCUGAGGGACACACAGUAAUUCAAACAUCCACAGAGAAGUGGAAAACAUUUUUUGGCAUUUAAUUGCAAAUUCUUUUGUGGGUGUGAAAAAACAUUUUAGUAUCCAAACUUCAUGAUGUUUUAAAUGAUUUGUAACAAUCCAAAAUGCUGCGUUUGGCCCACAUGAUUUUUAUUUUGAUUAUUACAGGACAAAAGUGUAAAUCUUGUAUGCAUGUAUGGAAGAGUAAACACAUAUUAAAUAAGUGAACAAUGAGAAACAAUUCAGCUGAAUGCCCAGAGGUAUGGACAGAAGGCACUGGAGCAGAGCAACACAUUAAAUGAGUCCAUCUACUUAGCAAGCUAUUCAAUCAACAAAGCAAAGUCUGCCAGUGAGAGGCCACUAACUGCAGACUUGAGGAGCCAGACUGACCACAUAUUGCGACACUGAGGAGAUUUAGAGUGGCCCAACUCUUCAAAAAAAAAAAACCUUCUCCUUUUCCAGUUCGCUAACCACACACACUGGGCCUUAAAGCCAAAUCAUCGUGGAGGGGGAGAGCCGAGAGGUCUCGGUGUCUGCCACUCCAUACUGCUACAUAAAAAGAAGGUGAAGGAUGCCGUGUGAGCAAUUGGUUCCAAUUGACAGAGGAUUGGUCAUGGUCAGCCUUCUGAGUGGAAAUCCACGUGAGAAUGUAGCAUUUGGACCAGCAAGGGGCACAAGAGGCCAAUGGCAGACAAUGAGGCCACUCAGAGGAGUCUGGCUGCUGUGGAAUAGUUGGGACACAAUCUCCUCUGGUUUAACCCUUCAUCGGCUAGUUAUUCAUUCAACUUAAUGCACAGAGGUGGAGCUUGUGUAGUAGAAUGUUACAUGCAUA